AUGGAAGAAUUCGUUGAAGUUAACCAGAUAUCUGAUUUUGUAUCGUACCUAAGAAGUAUCGAAUGGCGUGACCCCUGGUUAAUUGCAUUGAUAUCAUUUCACAUAAUAAUUACUGUCACUUGUUUCUCCACCAGGAAUUAUGGCAAUUUUCAAGUUAUACUUUUUAUCAUACUCCUUUUGCUAGUGUAUUUUUCGGAGAAUAUAAAUGAGCUCGCUGCAAGAAAUUGGGCAUUAUUUUCAAGACAACAAUACUUUGAUAGUAAAGGCCUAUUUAUAUCAGUGGUGUUUUCGAUUCCUAUAUUGUUAAACUGCAUGAUAAUGGUGGGAUCCUGGCUGUACCAAUCUACUCAAAUAAUGACUAAUUUAAAAAAAGCACAGUUAAGGCAGCGCCUCAAGGAGAUGAACUCGAUAAGAGAACAGCAGCAACACGUUAAAUCUGAUUAAAAAAAGAAGCGAUUCUCGUCAAAAAUUAUGUCAAUUAACUUUACAACGCAAUGGCCUAGCUAAAUACGGUACGUAAUGUAAUUUUGGAUUUUAUGAAAAAAAAAAAAUUGUAAGUUUGAAUCUGUAUGUUAUUGGAUGCCUUGUUGUUGAUAAUGAAACUCGUUAUAGAUAAGCUUAUUAAAUGUCAACGGUGAUGUGAUAGAUAGGUAAAAUUAUUCACCAAAUAAAGAACGUAAUAUGGCUGACGCACAAACCGUGCAGGCCAAGAAAUGGGAGAAAAAAAAAAAGAAAAAAAAACGUAAUGUAUGUAAUGUUAGCCUAUGAAUUAAUUUGUAGAUUGUUGAAUUGAAAGGAAAGCGCGAUGUAUUUGAAAAAAUGAUAAAAUGAA